UGUUGAUCUUCUUGAUUUUGAUUUUUGUUCAUGGACACCUCUUAGGAGGGGUGACAAUUAUCAGAAAAUAUCUAUAUGAGGCAUCCUCAUUCUUGUCUCUUGCAAGUGUUAAAUUCUAUAUCCUGGAUAGUUUUGUUCCAAGUGAAAUGGUUCUUUGAUCUGGCUGCUUGGAUUUUUGUUUGCCCUUUUAAUUGGAAGACAUGAAUCUUCUAAGCAUCUUGAUCCCAGUCAUUUCUUUGUUCUGUUGAUUAAUUCUAGUACUUGAGGUGCUAGAUCUUGACAUCCUGAUUGUAUUUGCUCUUGAAUCCGUGUUCUGUUUGUCAUUAUUGAAAUCUCUUUUGUGGGCAUAAUCCUUGAAUUCUAUUGUUUAUUUCAUGGUUAACUUUUGUCUCUCAAUUUUGACUGCUUGGUUAAAUUUGAUCUUGAUUAUUGGUGAAUGCCAUUUUGUUGUUGAAUUUUGAGGCAUUCUACCUUGCACUCUUGUGUUCCAGUAUUCUUCCAAGCAUUCAUAUUUUCCAUUGAUUUUAUUCUGUUGCAAUUCUUGAGAUUCUCACAUGUCUUUUGAUGGUCCUAGCUUUUAACUCUUGUUAAUUGCUAAAAUUUGCCUCUUGAUUUCAGUUGCUUUGUUAAACAUGAUCUUGGUUCUGGUUGACCUUGUUUUGUGGCAGAAUUUAUAAGGCAUCCAUGUACUUGUUCGUUCAUUCAUAAUCCAUAUAUCCAUUGGAUGCUUAUCCGUCUUUGAUAGAGUUCAAAGUUUUGUUGUAUUCGUCUUUAAAUCCAUGCUAUUCUUUGUCAACUCGUCUUGUGUUGGGUUCAAAGCGUAACCCCACAACUGUUUCUUUUGUGGCCUUGGCAGGAUUUAUUUCUAUUCCUUGUGCUUUCCGUAUUACCCCAGCCUCUAGUAGCUUAUUUGACGGCAAAUCUUGUUAAGUGAUUAGUGUUCUGCUUUUUAAGAUUAGUUGUGAUUUGAUAUCAUUGUGGCGCAACGGAAGCGUAGUAGGCCAUGUCUGUUCAUAGAAAGUGAGUGAGGCAUUUGUUUGCCUCGGAUUGGGUAAAGCCAUUCACCACUUGAUAUGGUCCUCAAUUUGAGUUUUGGGGACAAAACUCCUUUUUAGGAGGGGUGAGUGUAAUAUCCCAAAUUUUCGGGAAUAUUUAAGUGUAAGUUACGGACUAAAUUGUGAGAAAAUAU